GUACAGCUAACUCGGCUAGCAUAAUACACAACAACCCAUGGCCUCAACCUUGUGUUUGUUGAUGUUUUGCGUCUUUAAAAUACCCUAACGCAAUGGGAAGUAACCGAUAAAAUGUGUUAGUGUUGUUUAAGGUUCUGCAUGGGAUCUUUGCCCCCUCCCUCAGGCAAGAGUUGAGGGCAGGGCUAAUGUCAAUCAAUCAGGGUGAGAAGGGGGGUCUAUCACAGGCUGCCCCAAACGACAACACCCAAGACCUGUUUGACAACCCCACUCAUAGUGUAGCUACAGGCAACAUACCCGAGGAGCAGGUUUCACCUGUGUUUAAUGGGGCCUCUCCUUCAUCCACGUCAUCUUUUGAGAUGCUUGACAUGGAUUCGGUUCCAGCCCCUUAUCAAGAAGUGCAGCCUCACUGGUUCUUCUGUCUUCGAGCAGAUGAUGGCACUUCCUGGCUUCCUUUUAGCAGAGAGGACUCUGACAAACUAGAGAAUGCUAUCGAAACUGCUGGAGAAAAGGCGGAGGAUGUGGUGGUUGCUGUGGAUGGUGAGCGAUAUGACGUACGUGUCAAAGAGAGAAAGCGCUACGCUGUGUACUGGGAGCAAGCUCCCACUGAAGUCCGCCGCUGUACCUGGUUUUACAAAGGAGAUAAGGACACAAGAUUCAUGCCUUACCCUGAGGACUUCAGCAAAAGUCUGGAGGAAGCCUACAUGAUAGCAGUGACCUUGGAUGAAUGGAAGAGGAAACUGGAGUUUCCAACUGGAGAAACUGUUAUCUUACACAAUCCUAAGCUGAUAAUGCAGUAUCAGCCAAUAACAUUGCAGGAAGAAUGGGUGUCUUCCCCCUCAGAGCAGACACGGCCACGCACAGUCAAGAGAGGAGUAGAUAGCAUCUCUGUAGAAAUACCUGACGGCGAACCAGAUGAUGUGGACCACCUUGUCUUUAUGGUUCAUGGGAUUGGCCCUGCAUGUGACUUGCGCUUCAGAUCUAUCAUACAGUGUGUACAUGACUUCAGAAGUGCUUCGUUGUCCCUGCUGGCCUCUCAUUACAAGCGGGCUCAGCAGGGUGGCCAAGUGGGACGAGUGGAGUUCCUCCCAGUCAACUGGCACAGUGCCCUCCAUGGUGAUGCCACUGGUGUGGACGAGGACAUUCAGAGGAUCACUUUACCGAGCAUCAGCAGACUGAGACAUUUUACCAACGAUACGUUAUUGGACUUAUUUUUCUACAACAGCCCCACCUACUGCCAGACCAUUGUGGACACAGUGGCCUCUGAGAUCAACAGGCUGCAUGCUCUCUUUAAGCAGAGACAUCCAGAGUUUAAUGGAGCAGUUUCAGUAGUGGGCCAUAGCUUGGGCUCUCUGAUCUUAUUUGACCUGCUAACCAAUCAGAGAAAUGAAUCUGAAGCAAGAGGGCGGGUGCCUCCUGGUGAGCCCUCUUGUGUGAACAGGAGCACAUUAGAGCAGAUUCUGACCAGACUGGGCCUGGAGCAAUUCCUGGAUACACUACAGGCAGAAAACCUUGACCUGGAAUCACUGGCUCUCUGCCAAGACAGUGAUCUCAAAGAUUUAGGAAUUCCUCUUGGACCUCGGAAAAAGAUCUUAAACUACAUCAAGAGAAAGGGACUUUCAGAGACAGCUGCAGUGCAUCAUGAGUCACAAAUUCCUCCUCAUGUGACCAAUGAUGGAAACCAGUGUUCAGGAUUGACACCCCAGCAGUCCCAUUUCCACAGAGCGCAGUCUGUCACCAGCGCUGUGGACUACGAAUACUUUGAUGUCGGCAUUGGACAGGUAUCCAUUGAUUACCCACAGCUAGCAUUCCACCCUCAGACAUUUUUUGCUUUUGGCUCUCCUAUUGGGAUGUUUCUGACUGUACGUGGACUGAAACGCAUCGAUCCAAACUACUCUUUCCCAACCUGCAAAAGCUUUUACAACAUCUACCAUCCAUAUGAUCCUGUUGCCUAUCGGAUAGAACCCAUGAUUGUUUCAGAGGUGGAUCUGGAGCCAAUGUUAAUACCUCACCACAAAGGCCGAAAGAGGAUGCAUUUGGAACUCAAAGAUAGCUUGACCCGAAUGAGUAUGGACUUAAAGAACAAUGUGCUGGGAUCAUUGCGGACAGCAUGGCAGUCCUUUGCCAGGCUGCCUGUUGCUGCACUGCCCCCUGGAGAGGAAGGAGAAACUACAAAUGAGACAAACCCACAGGAGGCAGAGGUGGUACACACCGCUGCUGUAAAGAGGGAAGACAAAAGUGCUGAUUUUUGGACUAAAAUACUGGAGUGGCCCAGGGCCCUUCAUGUGCAUUACUUAAAAGGAGUGUUUUCCGAUGCUGAAUGCUCAGUGUCAGCAGAGCGGGCAGCGCAACCUGAGAUUAAAAUGGGGAUGUUGAAUGGAGGACGACGGAUUGAUUAUGUGCUUCAGGAAAAACCCAUUGAAAGCUUCAAUGAAUACUUGUUUGCCAUCCAGUCACAUUUGUGUUACUGGGAAUCUGAAGAUACGGCUCUCCUGCUGCUCAAGGAAAUUUACGACAAGCUAGGUGUGGCCUUUGAACAGCCACAACUGUAAUAAAGCUGUAAGAAUGUAGACCACUUGCAUGACAGUAACUUUAACAUGAAGGACAUGACAGAGACAGAAAUUUGACAAUCAUCCUCCAGAAUGCCUUACUGUCCGAGGGUAACCUGACUACCAGCCUUCCUCCCCCUCCAACAGAGGAGCCUGUUUGGUUAGUCAGGUGAUCUUGGUUGAUGUGUGUUUGUCAAACUUAAUUUGUGGUAAUGGUAAAGUCUUGGUGUUUCCUAACCUCCCACUGCAGACUGAAGUACUGAGAGUUGAUUCACAUGCACCAAAACAUCAGUUUUGCUCCUGCUUGCACUUUUUUUUUCAGUAUUGUACUUGAAUUUGCACUUUCAGUGAAAAACAUCAGGCUUUUGUCUGAAGCAAAAUAAUUACUAUGAUUAUCAGAAAACACACAACAUUGCUCAUGAAACUGGAUUUUAUAUCAAAACAUGUUGCUUUGCAAUUCACAUGGAAAAUAUAUUUAAAAUGUCCAGAAUUCAAUCAAAAUGGCAGAUAAGUUAAAUUAGAUUUUAAAUAUAAAGGUUUUCUUGACCAAGGGACCUGUUUUAUUGUGACUCUGAGACAUUACCACUUAUGAAUGUCUGGUUGAGGUUGUUUGUCUGCUUAAGAAAAUGAAGGUUGACAUUUAGUCUGUUAGAAGUUUCCUGGCAGCUGUAUUCUCUCAUCCUGCAUCACAGCACUUGUAACUCAAAGCAGACACUCCUACAUGUGUUCAGUGUUAUAGAAAUGUUUUUUUCCCCCUUUUAUUUACAAAGCAUAACCCAGAGUGUAAAUCAAAGUGAUGUGCACCUUUAAUUCUAAUCACAUCUUUGAUUGGUGGUAUGUGUGCCAGCUUGAUCAUACCUAUCAGAUGUGUCUGAAUGAAGUAAUCCUGAUGAAGAAUUGUUUCAGAGCUGAAAUAGAGAGGUUAGAGAGUUUAAAAAAGACAGCAGGAUUGUCUUUUCAUGGCUUACGCGUGUACUUUAAAUGUGUGAAUGUGUGUAAUAUGUGUGACGUGAACAAACUGGACAACCCACUUUUUUCCCAGGUCAGUCCCAUUCCUCCUUUACCACUUCCUCCUCUUUACUUUGGCAUUUGAGUGAUCAUUUUAUCUUCAAGUCCAUGACACUAAUAUACUAUGUCUGCUAAAAUGUGGUUGAAUGUCAGACAGACUGACAUCUCACUGACACUCCUAACUUAUCUUGAGUAAUCUAGGGGCCAAAUCAUACACCUUUCCCUUACCUAUUUAUGUAGUCAUUAUAUUCUAAAUCCUCUUUCUGUUCUGUACUGCAUGCACUUUUUGUUUUGUUAGAGCCUUUCUCAGCAUAUUCUGGUCCUAACCAGUUUUGCAUUGGUUUCAAAAGCUUAUCUCACAGAGCCAGCAAUAAGAGAAUGGUCAAACAGAAAUUCUACACAUUUUAUUUAAAGGGAGCUAACUAUAUAGAAAUUAUGUCAUUCAAUGCUAAUCAGUUUAUUUUAAUAAGAAAAAUAUAUGAAAAUACUGUAUAUCAGCACAAUGUCUGUGACAAAAUAACCCAGAUCUGUAUAUCAACAAAUUCAUGUCCAGAAAACAAAACAAACAAAAAACUUUGUGUAAAAAGAAUUUAACUUUAUUAGACUGAUUUGUUAUGUAUUGUUGGAGAAAUAGAGCUCUUUACCACCAGAGCUGUAAAUUACCUGUUUGGCAGCUGUUUGGCUGUAACAUCUGCACAUUUAAGGAAUAAACCUACCAGGAUUGUUAAUUUUCUUCCUUUAGAAAUGCUCCGAACAAGGAGUAACCACAAUGUUCCUCUGGAUGCCACCAUAGAGUUUUGUAUCUAAACAAUAAGAGCAGGAUUUCAUGAUCAUUGACCUUUUUCAUUUCCAUAACUAUUGUGGUAUUUGAUUCUUAUAUGUUGUUAUAUGCCAAAUAAUAAAAAAAAAAAACACUUUUUUGGUCAGAAUACAUACCCUUUGAAUAUGGUUACAUGGUUUAUGUGCCAUAAUAAAAUAUUACAUAUCUC